AUGGCAGGAUUCUAUGAUUGUAUUGGAAAGACACCGUUUGCCUCCCUGACAGCAACAAUAAUAUGUGUGAUAGGUGUGGCAGUGUUUUGUGGAUCACUGUACAGAGGAUUAAGUUUGAUAAUAGAAGGUGUUCUCAAUGAUCUCUUCGGCUUCAAUGUCAGCUGGUUAGAGGUCAUCCAAGUAGUGUUCAUCAUAUUAGCUGUAGCAAUGGCUGUAUUUGGUAUCAUUCUCCUGGUAUUUGGUUAUUUAGCAACUGGUGCCACCAGAGAAAACCUCUAUUCUGGAAAUAAAUGCAUAAUGGGAGGAAGAAUAUCUGCGGCCUUUUUUAUGGUAAUAUCAUAUGUAUUAAGUUUAGCCUGGAUAGCUAUAUUAUCAGUAGUUGUUGUACCUAUUAUAAUCUAUGCUGCCAUUAGUCAGAUAUGUAGCAUGGAGGUCUAUAGUCGUACCUCUUCCAGUUUUCACUAUUGUUUUAAUUUAACACAAUUUGGUGUAUAUCGUAAUGAAAGUUAUGGUAUGGGAGUUCAACCACCUGGUAAAGAAUAUCUAUGUGAACACUAUGAAGUUCGUAGAAUGUGUGAUAAGGUAUUAGAAGCUGGCCCACUAUUUUGUGUGGCUUAUUGUGGUGCUCUAUGUAUAGUAUUAGGACUGAUAAUAUUUAUGGUGACACUAGCAGCAAACUAUACCAGAAUAAAGAUAUCUAAAGAAUUAACUCAAUAUCGAGAUGCUGUUGAAAUGGAAGAAUUAGAUAUUAAUAGUUUAACAGAUAGAAAAACACCACUACCUAUUUAA